CGUCCUCUGAAAAUGUUGCAAAAUCGGUCUAGUGUGCUGCAGCGGGUCGCAGUUGCAGCUGCGAUACUUUUCAGUGCACACCUGUCUUGCACGCGGGCGAUAACAGUGGCUAGGAAAAGAGCAGCGCCCAUUCUUUCAGAGCCCAGCCAGGCUGCGGCGCGACCACACCCGGACGCGAAAACAAUCGCAGCAACGGUUGUCCCUGACAAAUUCGAUGAUGCAAACUGGCCUGAUAUCGCAAACUCGACACAGAAGGGCGCGGCUGCGAAGAGGAAGCCAAAGCUCCCGCCGAGGGUGACGAAAGUGGUCGAGAUCAAAAAAGAAGCUCCUGUUGCCAAGACGAUGACGCAAGCGCGUUCAUCUCUGGGAGGAGCAGGUCAACAUGGACCCGAUCUACAGGAAGUAGACCAAAAAGGAGUAGAAGGAGGUCCACCUACCACGACAAGUCCCAGCGCCGGUACAACUAGUCCAACAAGCACAAGCAGAGUCAAGCUCCCCAGCGGCCACGAAACCAGUCCAAGGAACAAAAUCAGCUUGGCGGGUGGAGGAGUAGCUUCAUCAGGUAGUUCUCCCCAAGGAACGCGGCGCCAAGAUCUCUUGCGCAACAUGUUGACGAGGGCAGAUCAAAAAGAACAGCAUCACCAGCUCCACGAGGACGCAUUUUUUCCCCUUGAGGAUGACUCCGUGUUGGACCACCAAAUGGACGAGGAUCUCCCGCCCAUGACGCGCGAAGUCUCCGAACCCGCACCAGAGCCGGAAAUCAACAGCAGUUGUACUUCUAAAGGAAAUUAUGCAGCACCACCAACAGCCGGGGAUCGGGAAGAUGUUGAACUUCUUGAAACGUCGAGGACGACGACCGUGGCUCCAGCUACUCUCGUCACAGAGCUGGUGCCAUUGCCUUUGCAGCCCAGCGAGACCAUCACAAUGGAAGAGAGGCAGCCAGUAGAAGUUGUAGAUGUAGAUCGUAAAAAGGAUAAGGACGCAAUAAGAUCUACUGGGGUAGGCGAAGUCGUGGACGGGAACCAGGAGUGGUCUCUACCCGCCGCUUUGGCUGCGAUGCAAAUUGGUGGAGCAGCUGCAGGCGCAGCUUCUUCGAGAACUCCAUGUGCGACAACUGCUACGAUAGAUCGUGGGAACAUGAUUACGCGUUCUGCUGUACUAGCAACAGGGACCUCGGGGGCUCCGCGCGGUCCUGCCGCACCUGCACCUCCUGCUGCGAAUGAGGAUGGUUUUCGUGCCAGCAAAUGCAAACCCUAUCUGAAUUUCGGCGGUCGGACCUUUGAUUUCGAAAAAUUAAAGCCUUUGGGUUUUGACCAGCACGACCACGACGACGAGCCUGCUGAUGAUUCAGACGACCUGGACGCGUCUCAUCUUUGGGCAGAAAAUCGAGGAACGAGGCCCUUUUUCUACUGUUCGGAAAACGAGGUCGAGGUGGAGCACGGGCAUGCGCGGAGCAAAACGCCUGGUGAUAGUACGAAAUGGACGACCACGAGAGGAUUUUUAUUCUCUACAACUACCCCAUACAACAGUUGCAAAACUAAUGGCCCAUCAUGCGGAGAGCUGCAAGUGCAACUUCUACCGACACCGAGCACCAUGUUUUUACCGGACAGGUCGUUGUUGUCGCAGUCAAGUCUCGGUUGGUCCAGCACGCCAGGAACUGGCAGCACGAUGGGUGGAAAAGUGGUUCCAGAAAGCCCAGACGUAGAUCCACAGCUACUGCUGAGCACCACAAGUCGUGCGAGCAGCCACGAGCAGAGAACAUCAAUUCCAGCCACAGGAGCUUCUGAUUCCUCUAUGGACCACGUCGACGCUGAUGACGACGGUCGUAAAAUGAAAAACCAAAGCGCACCAGCUGCGUCGACUAGACACAGAACCCCGACGAGGACUUCUACUCCAAGCCGGUUUGGCACCAUCGGCGACCACCCGUUUCAUGCGAAAGGAGAGUAUCAAAAGAAAAAAGUUCUUCACGAUCACUCAUGGCAUUUUUGCAAUACAAAAUUGUCUGUCAUGCGUAAAAAUGCAUCACAGCCACACUUCAUAAGGGAUUUCCCUAGUGUUUCUGCAAUACAAGGAGAAGUUGUGAUGCUAAAAAAAUUUGUAAUGCAAAAACUGCAACUUAGUGACUGUGACAAACUUUUUUCUCUCCAUAGAGAGGCAGAAGCUUGUACUGGUGAAUUGGAUCAAAACGAAGGCGAAAGCUGCGCUGCAAAAAAAACGAAAACCACAUCAGAAACACUCGUCCGACACAAGGAACAAGGUGUCGUGCGAAGAACUGAAACGCAGGAAGUAGCCACGUCCUCCAAAUGCACUACUAGCAACAGUUAUUUUUCGACGUUGUCGAAAAUCUGGGGCGAUAACAUUCUCUUUUGUGGGGCUUGUCCUGAUGAAAAAACCACUAUGCCAACACCGGCGUCGACGUAUGUUCAGCCGAAAAGCUUGCUGUCUUUGUUGCAGCUCUCAAAAGCUAAUUAUGCACACAAAGCGUCCGUGUCGCCGUUGUCGUCCACUUCUGAUGUGCUGCCAGCGAAGAUGAAUGGACAAGCAACGUGGUCUACUCCUUUUGAAGCAGUUUUCGCGAAGUGGCUGAAGAUUGUGAUGGAGAGCGGAGCGACAGCGACCACUUCUACAACGACAUCAAGCAGGACCACCAGAUCAUUACCACAUCCUCCGCCACGCUCAUACGCGGAAGCUCUCGAGAGAGAGGAGAAACUUCGAGACAACGAGGAGAGAAGAAAGGAGCAUGUUCCAACUUGGCUCCUGAAUUCGGUUGUGGAACGACAUCGGGUCUUCCUUCACCGCACGGCGUCGCUUCGGACUGAAAAUCCCAGCUGGUGUGGCGGCACAGCUACAGAGGAGCAUUCUAGUACGGCUGGACCCCACGACCUCCAGUCGGAAGAGGAGGUGCUUCUUCUUGCUCCCACGAGCCCGCUACUUUGGGCGUUUCGCAUGGCGAAAGCCCUGAUUGCGGAUAGACUCAGCGUUUUGUUCCACGAGUUGCUCUAUCUGCACGACGAGAAUGCUCAUCUUGUUGGGAAAGGUUGUUCUACUUCUGGCGAGCCUGGAGCUGGAAUUCCGAAAGAACCCGCCCGAAGAAGAGAACAAGCGCAGAAACUUCUGAAACACUUUCUCUACGACAAGGUUUUCUUCCGGUACGGGUUGCCACCUGCUGAAAGCUUCAGAGCUUUACUAGCGCAAGACACUGCUGAUCAUCCUCGUCUUGCCGCUUGUGCGAAGAAGAGGACCCAGCAGGCGGAGGCCGUCGAGGGGGCUGUUAAAAACGACGACGAGGUGGUGCAAAAAGAAGACCACAAGGCUAGGCUUUUUUCCCUGAAAAACCUUUUUUCUUCGGAAAUCGAGAAAAACGUCGCAACCAGCGAAUUCGCGGAAGAACUGGUGGUAAAGCUCCUCGAGUUAUGCAUUAGCAUUGCAAAUAGGUGUAGGUCUGGGUCUGCAGACUUGUGAUGCUCCUGCGCGGCGAUGAUUGAGCAUACUCGCAAGUACACUCAAACAUGACAAAUGUUUCGAACACUUCCUUAAAACAAAUGUUUCGGACUACAAUUCUGCAAGACAAAUUUUACAGGAUGAUCCAAGACACGCAAGGCAGGUUCCACAGCACUUCCAGACCCAAACCUAUAUUUGCAUUUGAUACCAGUUUCGACAAAGCCAAGAAGACUUCACGGAGGCCCACCUUCGCCGGCUGCAGCGGCAUAGUUCUGGUGCUGAACACACAGGAGCGGCAGCAGGACUAGGAGGUGCAAGAACUUCUGCUAAGCCAAUAUCUUCUCCUGCUGGUCCUCUGCCAUGGGACCAAUGGCUAACGAGUGUUCUGGAUAAGAGUUACGGGGGCAGUAGUUCUUCAGACAAGGCCGCAACCGGUAGUAGUACUGCAGCAAGAACAGCCGCUGGAUGUACAACUUCAUCAUCUCCCGGUUUGAUGUUCACGACCUCAAAAAGAACCGUGUCUGCAUCAGCAAGCGCGACUGUUGCUGCCCCGGCGGCUAAAGCACCAGCUACAAAGAAAUAUCCCAAUUCCGUCCUGAAACUGGAGCCGAAGAUGCCCGAGACGGACAGUUGUGCUAUCAAACCGCGCAGCAAGUACUCCAUGGCCCAUGAGGAAUCCGAGCAAAGAGUCAGCAACCAAGUAUGGGACUCUCAAAUGUUACAUUCUCAACUGUUACACGAUUUGUAAUGCAAAAUUGACGUGAGUAUCUACAUGGAUGAUCAAGCUCCUUCGCAUGACAAAUUGCCGAAGAGCCAAACAGGCUGAGAAUCUGUGCCAAAUCUGUCAUGCAAGACGCGCUAGGUCUCCUCUUUCGCGUUUGCCAUUCUUGCAUCACAAAUUCACGUAACAGUUGAGAGCGCAACGUUUGAGAGCGCCAUACCAAGUAGCCGCAGCGUGUGCUAGUACAACUUCGGGAACUACAAACUGUGCAGCAACAUUGGCCGCAGCCUGGCAUACCUGGCUGGCGGGAAGCGUGAAGCUGAGCAUGACGGUCGCAAAACAGAAACGAUUUGGAAUGAAAUUGCUCCGGCCGGAAAGCAGAAGUACGGGGUCUACUGAAAAUCAAGAACAGAAUAGUAUUCUACUCAAACCGAAAGUAGGAGCAGGCACAGAUGAACUAAGGACAGCCCCCUGCGCGGAAGCUGAAACCUCGGCUCGAGACGCUUCCUUCGCCGACCUUUUCCUGAAUUACUUUGCGUCUGGCAGAGACGUGUUCGAGGCGGCUGUAGUGCAAGAUCGGCGCGUGCUGCGAGAGUUCCUUGUAGAAGAUUUUGCGACGAUGAAGAUUUGCGGAAGUUCAUCAUGGCCGGGAAGUUUUGUUCAAUUUGCUCGAGAAGCAGACCAACGACCCUGCGCUUUUGCUCGAGAAACAGCAGCAGCGGCAGCAGCAGCCGAUGUUGGCAGGAGCUCAGGAGAAGCAGACCAUAUCAAAUGUAAAAAUGUCUGGGUCUGGAAACUUGUGAUGCUGGGUGGCGUCUCAUGAUGAGGCCACAAGUGCUGGCUCAGCAUGACAAGUUUCUGAGCUUCUAGGUGUUGCCUUCUCUGCAUGACAGACAGCGUUUCUGCAUCACAGAAAAAUGGAGCUCUUGUGUAACGUGCAUGACAGAUGUAAGAGUCAUACCAGAGAAGCAUGACAAACAUGCAGUCUUCCAGACCCAGACAUUUUUGCAUUUCAUAGACCAGGGGCGGCAGCGAUUCGUCUCUUCCCGCUCCGCCUGCUGCGUUGGCGAAGAUUAUAGAAGAGGUUCGGUGGACGAGGACGAUCAUGCUGCUUGCUUUCUUGAGGAAGUGCGAGAAGAGGAACAGGCGGAAGCAGGGAGUUGCUGCGACAGCACGGAUAUGCUGUGCAAAAGUAUCGUACUCGUAUAAAUGCAUUACAAAUUUCCUCAGCAUGAGAAAGAAAAUUUGUAAUGCUGAUUUGCCUUGACAAAGAAACUUGUAAUGCAGGACCUGCAUUUAUACGAGUACAAUACUUUUGCACAGCAUAACGGAACUUCUACAGAGGCUUCCUCACCAGCAGCGGUUUGCCCCGCGUUCCUCCAAGUUCGCUAAUCGAGGUCGUAUGAAAGAGAUUACGACAAAGCCACCUACUAGUUCCAGAGCGAGACGAGUUACUGAGACUGGACGAGAUCAUGAAGCGCCGCCGCCGCCGCCGCAACAACACCACUUGCCCCCGUUGUUCUCAUCUGGUGGAGAAAUCGACCGGCCUACAACAGUAAGAGGCCUGACGCAACAACAACAAGACGUCGAUUCUCAGCUAAUGUUGCAGUACUACCACCACCAUUUUUCACAACGCCAAGUACAUCUCCCGCCGGGGGUCGCUCCUGCUCCGGAAGUUGUAGAUCCCGCGCAGCUACCGACUCAAGAGCAAGUUUUUCACGUACCAUUCUACGUUGCCGUGCGCAACCCGGGGGAGGCGAAUCAGCAACUCCAGUUUUUUAUGAACUGCAAAAGUAUCGUACUCGUAUAAAUGCAUUACAAAUUUUCUCCGCAUGACAAAAAAAAUUUGUCAUGCUGAUUUAGCUUAAGAAAAAUAUUUGUAAUGCAAGAAUUGCAUUUGUACGAGUACGAUACUUUUGCACAGGAUAUUUUUCAUUCCCUCCAUCGGCCUGACCUGCAACGAGGAGGCCGGGAAGAGCUUGCUAUUCCACGAAAAAAGUGUUUCACUGUGAUUGUUUUGCAAGUAGAUCUGCAUCACAAGUUUGUUACACAUGACACAGAAAAUUUGUCAUGCGCGCUUCCCGAUGGAAAACACGGCUGAAGCUCCAACGUCUUGCAGGUGUAGCAAGACAAGUAGUUCUGUGUUCCAUUUUCUGCAUCACAAGUUCACAGUGAAACUGAUUUUUCUUGCGAUACUUUCCGCAGCAGAUGCACAGCCUGAAACACAAGCUGGUCAAAGACAUCCUGCCGAAGCUGCUGCUUUUCCCGCCAGACGGCACUUACGACGAGAUGGAGAUUAUCCGACACGAGAAAAAGGCUAGCGCAUCACGUAAUUAAGUAUCUAAAUCUAUCUUGGGCGAGGAGGAGGACCCCAUAGCAUAAAGUUAGAGCAUAAUUCCGAUCCUGUGUUUCGUGUUCGGCUAUCAUGCAAAACAAUUGCAAUUAUUUGUGACGCGCUAGGUUUUUUCUGUGUGAUAGCAAUGGCCAAACAUUUACUGGCGACAGCGGACGCGCUCGUAGACCAGUUGCGAAGUGUGGUACACAGCCAGUUGUUAUCAAAGGAAAAAAGUGUUAACGGUCACGCCGAAACAGGUUAUUUUCUGGGAAUGGGAUUGUGAUCUGAUUGUGCAUGGCAAAGGUGAAGGUCGGCUGCUAUGCAUGGCUUGCAUUUGGAUUUGGCCUGUCUUCAGCAUGCGCCAUCAAAUCAAUACAAAAAAUUCCACCGUUAAUAUACGAAUGUCUGACACGACUCUUUCCUGUGAUACCUGUACGACCACAGUCAUGCGGAUAAGGCUUCUGGUCAACGGGGGCAACAGCAGGAUCCCUGCUCUGCUGCGCAGCAGAGCCAACAUUUUUUCACUUGCGGUGGCGCCAUCAGUGCCUGUGUCUCCAUGCCGCCGCCACCGGCGCCACUGGUCGCUGCAGCCACGGCAGGUCCUGCGCAGGGGGAGCAAGUGCAUCAUGAUUUUCAUGCGGCCAUGAUGAUGUUGGCAUCUGGAGGACCAGCAGGGUUGUCUUGUGCGCAGAAUAAUGAUCCAGGUCAAAACAUAAGUAACGGAUCAUUCGAGUUCGAGGUGGUGCCCGAGCAGGCCGGAUUUGGGGAUGUUGAGCAAGUUCAUUUUGCACAGGAACGUCGACAAACGCAUUCAUUUCAACCGCGCAGUUGUGAAGUAGAAUACCCAGCAGCGGCGGCCGCGUUUCCCACGAAUAAAACCUCGAAAAGUAGUAGUUCUACUCAAGAGCAGAUGCUGCUAACGCCGGAGUUGCAGUGUCACGCAGCUUGGGGCCGGAGCACGACUGGGGCGGGGGAAUAUGAUUUGAUGCAACCGCAGGACGAGCUUCUGGUCCUGCAGGGAGAUGAAGCUGCAAGUCCAUCGCAUCUGGCCAGCGGAAAGGAGCAAAAGGAGGCAGCAGCGAUGGAAGUCGACGAGGACGACGCUGUCCAGCACAUUUCCGAGCUUUGCCGAAAGAUUAUCCGGGGCGCGGGCGGUGAUGUGCAACAUAUUUCGGAGUUUUCCCGACGUGCGGUGGGUGGAGGACUUGGCAAUGGCAAAGCAGUUCCUACGAAAGUACCUACACCAACCGUUUUAGCGAAAGCUAACGCAGAAGUUCUUGGACGAGCAACUUUAUCGACAGCGGAAGGGUUGUCGUCAUCCUCCACUUCGCGUGGUCCUUCUUGCCAUCAAUAUAUAAUGCGGCCCGCCGACUUCAAAGACUGCGAAAACAUAUGAACUGCAAAAGUAUCGCACUCGUAUAAAUGCACUACACCGCUAAUAGGAAUGGGGGCUCUCAAAAUCAUGGCACUGCUAGCGGAUUGAGAUAAGGGGCAGAAGUAGUUGGGAGCAUUUUAGGAGACGCCGGGGCACAUAUCCGGCGGGUGUCGGGCUACGUACCACGCCCACAGUAGCCCACCAGCAAGACAAAAGCCGUGAAGCAGCAGCGAAGGGGCAGAGUGGCAAAGCAAGCACGGCGACGAUCACACCGGGGAGGCAUCAGUGACAAUUUUGCCAAGGCAUCACGCAACUGAGAAGAGAUGCGGACGGGUGCAUUUUUUACAUGACAAAGAAGAAAAGUGAUGCGCACCCGUUCCGAAAAUGUUGAAAGUUCAAAACUGAAAGCAAACCCACACUGAAAUUUCUGAAAGAAAAGGAAAGAAAGAAAUUGCUACCCUAACUCAAUCCGAUGCGAGAAAAAGAGACUUCUUUAUAGUGAAACAGCUGCAGGCCGCAUACUAGUAGGUCUUAGACUUUCUAAGGUUUAGGUCGACGCUCAAGGCCCUAAGAGUAGUACUACUGCGCUAAGAAAUAAAGAAGAACGACGGAGCUGCUGGAUUUUUGUUUUUUCCCCCAUACUGAGUGGAGCGUGUUCACCCUUGUAGUAAUUACAAUUACGCACUAUGACUAUAUGGCACGUCGUAGCCUCUCGCUCCGUCCUGUAGAUUGUAUGCGCAUAAGUAGAUAUCCGUAGCGUUCAUAGUGAUGAGCCCUAGGGAGACCCUACGGAGUAAUAAAGUUGCUUUAUAAGUCGAGCCGCUAAUAGGAAUGGGGGCGCUCAAAAUCAUGGCACUGCUAGCGGAUUGAGAUAAGGGGCAGAAGUAGUUGGGAGCAUUUUAGGAGACGCCGGGGCACAUAUCCGGCGGGUGUCGGGCUACGUACCACACCCACAGUAGCCCACCAGCAAGACAAAAGCCGUGAAGCAGAAGCGAAGGGGCAGAGCGGCAAAGCAAGCACGGCGACGAUCACACCGGGGAGGCAUCAGUGACAAUUUUGCCAAGGCAUCACGCAACUGAGAAGAGAUACGGACGGGUGCAUUUUUUACAUGACAAAGAAGAAAAGUGACGCGCACCCGUUCCGAAAAUGUUGAAAGUUCAAAACUGAAAGCAAACCCACACUGAAACUUCUGAAAGAAAAGGAAAGAAAGAAAUUGCUACCCUAACUCAAUCCGAUGCGAGAAAAAAAGACUUCUUUAUAGUGAAACAGCUGCAGGCCGCAUACUAGUAGGUCUUGGACUUUCUAAGGUUUAGGUCGACGCUCAAGGCCCUAAGAGUAGUACUACUGCGCUAAGAAAUAAAGAAGAACGACGGAGCUGCUGGAUUUUAGUUUUUUCCCCCAUACUGAGUGGAGCGCGUUCACCCUUGUAGUAAUUACAAUUACGCACUAUGACUAUAUGGCACGUCGUAGCCUCUCGCUCCGUCCUGUAGAUUGUAUGCGCAUAAGUAGAUAUCCGUAGCGUUCAUAGUGAUGAGCCCUAGGGAGACCCUACGGAGUAAUAAAGUUGCUUUAUAAGUCGAGCCGCUAAUAGGAAUGGGGGCGCUCAAAAUCAUGGCACUGCUAGCGGAUUGAGAUAAGGGGCAGAAGUAGUUGGGAGCAUUUUAGGAGACGCCGGGGCACAUAUCCGGCGGGUGUCGGGCUACGUACCACACCCACAGUAGCCCACCAGCAAGACAAAAGCCGUGAAGCAGAAGCGAAGGGGCAGAGCGGCAAAGCAAGCACGGCGACGAUCACACCGGGGAGGCAUCAGUGACAAUUUUGCCAAGGCAUCACGCAACUGAGAAGAGAUACGGACGGGUGCAUUUUUUACAUGACAAAGAAGAAAAGUGACGCGCACCCGUUCCGAAAAUGUUGAAAGUUCAAAACUGAAAGCAAACCCACACUGAAACUUCUGAAAGAAAAGGAAAGAAAGAAAUUGCUACCCUAACUCAAUCCGAUGCGAGAAAAAAAGACUUCUUUAUAGUGAAACAGCUGCAGGCCGCAUACUAGUAGGUCUUAGACUUUCUAAGGUUUAGGUCGACGCUCAAGGCCCUAAGAGUAGUACUACUGCGCUAAGAAAUAAAGAAGAACGACGGAGCUGCUGGAUUUUUGUUUUUUCCCCCAUACUGAGUGGAGCGCGUUCACCCUUGUAGUAAUUACAAACUUCCUCAGCAUGAGAAAUGAAAUUUGUAAUGCUGAUUUAUAUUAAGUUUAAGAGAUGAAAGAUUUCUAACGCAUGAUUGCAAUACGAGUGCGAUACUUUUGCACAGGAUGUAACAUUUUGCUCCGGCAGCGCCUCGUGGAAGCCUGUAAGGAGGAGGAGAGGCGGAAGUGGUUUGCAUUUUCAUCCGGUACGAGCAAGUCGAUUCCUUCUGCAGCAUCGGACGACGAGACCGUGGCAGGUGCUGGUGGACACCACGUAGUUGCGACUGCGAGCGCCGGUCAACCGCCCCUACCGACCGAUGAAGUGGUAGCUGCACCCCCGACGGCACCGCCAUCGUGUCAAGAAGGAGAACCACCAUUGCACGAGCAGUGGGCCCGAGAAAUUUGGCUACACAUCAUGUAUACGACUGUGCUGUAGUUCUUGAUGUACGCUGGAAUUGGAAACAAGAGCGGUAGAAGUGCAGGCGAGGAUGAACGAUACUCUUCAUCUCUAAACACGACCCAUCAGUACUAGAUCCGAGCGCGAAGUGUUCGCUCCUUAUCGGUCGUGCGAGAGUUGCAAUGGUGCCUUACGAUGAAAACUUCGAUUAUCGAUCUUUAUCAAAACGACAAAACAGGGGCGUUUAAAGACGUCUCGCGACCUCCACCGCAAUGCUUUCCGGUGUUCCACCAACAGCACAAGAAGUUUUCACGCAAAUGACAGAAGUGAAGACAUGUUGCACGACUGAGUACCCCGGUAGAACAAGUCAAAGCUGCACCAGGAAUUAUCGUGUGGGGCACGAAUUUCUCCUGAGAAUAGUGUAGAAUUUGAAUUUUCAUCAUCAGAGUCAGAAAAUGCUCAAUGGUUGCAAGAACAAGAACUUCAAAAAUGCGAGUUUGAACGAAAACGCCUGAGCCAGCCGUACCCGAGGUCCGUGGCAAACGACUCGUCCUCGCAACAUUGAUAUAUUUUUUCGAUGACUUAUUUUCCCCUGCAAAAUGAUAGAAAGAAGAAAGUAAUUGAAAACCAGAUGCUAUUCAUUCUCAUUUUGUCGAAAACGCUCAAGCGCGACGAGCGCCACAGCAACUUACGUUUUGAUGUUUAUGGUUCAUGCUAUAGUUUUUAGAGGAUUUAGUACCACCAGCGUUGGUAGAACCCUCUUCAUAUUUCGCAUACAAUAAGUCUCUUCAUGCUCUGUUUAUUUUGGGAACACAGCAACGAAGGGAUAACGAUUUCGAGGUCUUGUUUAAGAAAAUGAUGUCACCUCUCUAUUGAAGAGAGAGAGCAAAAAAAUGACACGCCGCGAGAUGAUUUCUUUCCAGCAUGAGCUGGAGGGAACGAAAUAAUUUUGAUACGUUUUUUUUUGAUACAGUCCGGUUUUGAU